AUGCAGCAAGUUAUGUUCAAUGCUCUCCAGAAGCAAAAACUGCGUAAGCCUUUUGAGGCGCUGGAGAAUAUUGUUGGCCGCAGAAUUUCUCAUGGCUGGAAGGAAGCCAAUGAACCAGUCACCAAGUGGAAAGCCAUCAUUCUAGAUCAACUGCCAACAUAUCCCUCUAUCUAUUUGUUGAAAUAUGAUGGGAUUGAUUGUGUCUAUGGCUUGGAGCUUCACAGCGAUGAAAGGAUUUUACACCUCAAGAUCCUGCCGAAUAAUGUGCCAUUUCCUCAGGUGACAGAAACUCAUCUGUCAAACACCAUAGUUGGCAGAGCAGUGAAACAUACAUUCACAGGCACAAAUGGCUCUAAGGACGACUGGAAUGGGAGGGUCCUAGAGGAGGUGCCAAUCAUGAUGACCUGGUUCUAUAUUACCUACAAGAAAGAUCCGGUCUUGUACAUUUACCACCUCCUGGAUUACUACCUUGAAGGCAACAUCCACAUCAUGCCUGAAUGUCCUCCAGUAGAGGCAAAAAUUGUGCAGUACAACAAAAAAGAUGGAACCCAAGAGAUAGGUAAAAUUAUUUGCCAAGUUCCCACCAAACCUUCUGUGUGGUUCAUCAAGUUUAAUAAUGACUUCCAUAUCUAUGACUUGGGCUAUAAAACUCAUCGACAGUCGGACCCACACACAGGAUAA